CCUCACAUCCGGCGCGGGAGUCCCGAGCUCGCCGCGCGCGCUCCCCUGCUUGCCUGCCGGCUCUCCCCGCAGCCUGGUCUGGGCGUCACAGCGGAGGGGAGGGGGGUUCGGUUCGCUACGUCUCUGGCGGCGGGAGGCCGUUUCGAAGUGCUGACUACCCCCCUCCCCUGCCUGCCUCCCCCUGCCGCCCUCCCUUGUUCUUGUUCUGCCCUGGCUGCACGCCGCCGCCGCGGGCGCAGUGGAGGAGAGCGCGGACGCCCCUGCGCCGGGCUCGGCCCGGGCCCAGCCGCGGCGCCUCCCUCCGAUCACUCGGAGCCCGCAGCGCGCGGCGGCGCGGGUGGCGGUCCCGUCGCCUCGAGCCGGAGCGACCUGCGGCUGCCGGCGCGGGACGAGGGCGAUGGGGCUAGGCUGAGGCGAGGCGGCGGCGGCGGCGGCGGCGGCGGGCCGCGGUCCCGGACCCCGCGGCCCAUCGGCUGCCCCCGUUGGGAGGCCGCCGAGGAGACGGCGCGGCGGCGGCCGAUCUGACAGAAACAUCCUUGGGUCUUGGUGUCUGGACAUAGGAGUAUUCUUCACCUGUUCUGGAAGUAUAAGACCUUUCAAACCAUUGUAGGUAUGGACAGAGAAGAAAGGAAGACUAUCAACCAGGGUCAAGAAGAUGAAAUGGAGAUUUAUGGCUAUAAUUUGUGUCGCUGGAAGCUUGCCAUAGUUUCUCUAGGAGUAGUUUGCACUGGUGGCUUUCUCCUUCUCCUCCUCUAUUGGAUGCCUGAGUGGCGGGUGAAGGCAACCUGUAUUAGAGCUGCAAUUAAAGACUGUGAAGUGGUGCUGCUGAGGACUACCGAUGAAUUCAGAAUGUGGUUUUGUGCAAAAAUUCGCUUUCUUUCUCUGGAAAGCCACUUGUUUUUGAGUCCAAAAUCUACAGGUAAUAAGGUUUCAAAUGGCCAUGCUGUCCACUUAACUGAAAGUCUGACUGAGGAGAACAGGCAUGGGAUGAAUAAAUAUUCACAGAUUCAGUCACAGCAGAUUCGCUAUUUCACCCACUAUAGUGUAAAAUACUUCUGGAAUGAUACCCUUCACAAUUUUGAUUUUUUAAAGGGACUGGAUGAAGGUGUUUCUUGUACGUCAAUUUAUGAAAAGCAUAGUGCAGGACUGACAAAGGGGAUGCAUGCCUACAGAAAAUUGCUUUAUGGAAUAAAUGAAAUUGCUGUGAAAGUGCCUUCUGUUUUUAAGCUUCUAAUUAAAGAGGUUCUCAACCCAUUUUACAUUUUCCAGCUGUUCAGUGUUAUACUGUGGAGCACUGAUGAAUACUACUACUAUGCUCUAGCCAUUGUGAUUAUGUCUGUAGUAUCAAUUGUAAGCUCCCUAUAUUCCAUUAGAAAGCAAUAUAUUAUGUUGCAUGACAUGGUGGCUGCUCAUAGUACUGUGAGAGUUUCAGUUUGCAGAGUAGAUGAAGAAAUAGAAGAGAUCUUUUCUACAGAUCUUGUGCCAGGAGAUGUUAUGGUCAUUCCAUUAAAUGGGAUUGUUAUGCCUUGUGAUGCAGUACUUAUUAAUGGGACUUGCAUUGUAAAUGAAAGCAUGUUAACAGGAGAAAGUGUUCCAGUGACAAAGACUAAUUUGCCAAAUCCUUCAGUGAACAUAAAAGGAAUGGAAGAUGAAUUAUAUAAUCCAGAAAUACAUAAGCGACAUACUUUGUUUUGUGGGACUACUGUUAUUCAAACUCGUUUCUACACUGGAGAACUUGUCAAAGCCAUAGUAGUUAGAACAGGAUUUAGUACUUCCAAAGGACAGCUUGUCCGUUCAAUAUUGUAUCCCAAACCAACUGAUUUCAAACUCUACAGAGAUGCCUACUUGUUUCUACUAUGUCUUGUGGCAGUGGCUGGUGUUGGGUUUAUCUAUACUAUUGUCAAUAGCAUUUUAAAUAAGGUAGAAGCUGGUGAAAUAAUUAUUGAAUCUCUUGAUAUCAUUACAAUUACUGUGCCACCAGCACUUCCUGCUGCAAUGACCGCUGGUAUUGUGUAUGCCCAAAGAAGACUGAAAAAAAUUGGUAUUUUCUGUAUCAGUCCCCAAAGGAUAAAUAUCUGUGGGCAGCUGAAUCUUGUUUGCUUUGACAAGACUGGAACUCUUACUGAAGAUGGUUUAGAUCUUUGGGGGAUCCAACGAGUAGAAAAUAGAUGUUUUCUUUUGCCGGAAGAAAAUGUUUGCAAUGAGAUACUGGUAAAGUCUCAGUUUGUUGCUUGUAUGGCUACUUGUCAUUCACUCACAAAAAUUGAAGGAGUCCUUUCUGGUGAUCCACUUGAUUUGAAAAUGUUUGAAGCCAUUGGAUGGAUUCUGGAAGAACCAACUGAAGAGGAAACAGCACUUCAUAAUCGAAUUAUGCCGACUGUGGUUCGCCCUCCAAAGCAACUGCUUCCUGAAUCUACACCUGCGGGGAGCCAGGAAAUGGAGCUGUUUGAACUUCCAGCCAUUUAUGAGAUAGGAAUUGUUCGCCAGUUCCCAUUUUCUUCUGCUUUGCAACGUAUGGGUGUGGUUACAAGGGUGCUAGGGGAUAAGAAAAUGGAUGCCUACAUGAAAGGAGCACCUGAGGUCAUUGCCAGUCUUUGUAAAUCUGAAACAGUUCCUGUUGAUUUUGAAAAAGUUUUAGAAGAUUACACUAAACAGGGCUUCCGUGUGAUUGCUCUUGCACACAGAAAAUUGGAGUCAAAACUGACAUGGCAUAAAGUACAGAAUAUUAGCAGAGAUGCCAUCGAAAACAACAUGGAUUUUAUGGGAUUAAUUAUAAUGCAGAACAAAUUAAAAAAAGAAACCCCUGCAGUACUUGAAGAUUUGCAUAAAGCCAACAUUCGCACUGUCAUGGUCACAGGUGACAACAUGUUGACUGCUGUCUCUGUGGCUAGAGACUGUGGAAUGAUACUACCUCAGGAUAAAGUUAUUAUUGCUGAAGCAUUACCUCCAAAGGAUGGGAAAGUUGCCAAGAUAAAUUGGCAUUAUGCAGAUACUCUAACACAGUACAGUAAAUCAUCAGCAAUUGACUCAGAGGCUAUUCCAAUGAAAUUGGCCCAUGAUAGCUUAGAGGAUCUUCAGGUGACUCGUUACCAUUUUGCAAUGAAUGGAAAAUCAUUUUCAGUGAUACUGGAACAUUUUCAAGACCUUGCUCCUAAGUUGAUGUUGCAUGGCACUGUGUUUGCUCGUAUGGCACCCGAUCAAAAGACACAAUUAGUAGAAGCCUUGCAAAAUGUAGAUUAUUUUGUUGGGAUGUGCGGUGAUGGUGCAAAUGAUUGUGGUGCUCUGAAGAGGGCACACGGAGGCAUUUCCUUAUCAGAGCUCGAGGCUUCAGUGGCAUCUCCCUUUACCUCCAAAACACCCAGUAUUUCCUGUGUGCCAAACCUUAUCAGGGAAGGCCGUGCUGCUCUAAUGACUUCCUUCUGUGUGUUUAAAUUUAUGGCUUUGUACAGCAUUAUACAGUACUUCAGUGUUACUCUACUGUAUUCGAUUUUAAGUAACCUAGGAGACUUCCAGUUUCUCUUCAUUGAUCUGGCAAUCAUUUUGGUAGUGGUAUUUACAAUGAGUUUAAAUCCUGCCUGGAAAGAACUUGUGGCACAAAGACCACCUUCAGGUCUUAUAUCUGGGGCUCUUCUCUUCUCCGUUUUGUCUCAGAUCAUCAUCUGCAUUGGAUUUCAAUCUUUGGGGUUUUUUUGGGUCAAACAGCAGCCUUGGUAUAAAGAGAGGUAUCCACAUCCACCUAUUUGUAAUACAACAACAAGCCUAUAUUGGAAUUCUUCACAUUUGUACAAUGAAACCAAAUUUGAUACACAUAAUAUACAAAAUUAUGAAAAUACCACAGUGUUUUUUAUCUCCAGUUUCCAGUACCUCAUCGUGGCAGUUGCCUUUUCAAAAGGAAAACCUUUCAGGCAACCUUGCUAUAGGAACUAUUUUUUUGUUGUGUCUGUGAUUAUUUUGUAUGUGUUCAUAUUAUUCAUCAUGUUGCAUCCAGUUUCCUCUGUUGACCAGGUUCUCCAGAUAGUGUGUGUACCAUAUCGGUGGCGUAUAACUAUGCUCAUGAUCAUUCUUGUCAAUGCCCUGGUAUCUAUCAUGGUGGAGAACUUCUUCCUUGACAUGGUCCUUUGGAAAGUUGUGUUCAAUCGAGACAGACAAGGAGAAUAUCGCUUCACCACACAGCCACCACAGGAGUCAGUGGAUCAGUGGGGAAAAUGCUGCUUGCCCUGGACCCUGGGCUGUAGAAAGAAGAUACCAAAGGCAAAGUACAUGUAUCUGGCUCAGGAGCUCUUAGUUGAUCCAGAAUGGCCACCAAAACCUCAAACAACAACAGAAGCUAAAAGCAUUAAGGAGAAUGGAUAAUGUCAAGUGAUCACUAUAAAAUAGCAAUACAUCAGUCUCAGUGGGAUGGUAGUAGCAGUAUUGAGGAGAAUGGAAUUUCAGGAUUUUCUGAUCCUCUGUGUCAGAAUGGCACCAUUUUAAUUAAUGUCCCUUCUGAUAUAAGUAGCUGAUUUGAGAUGUUUUUUUAAACAAAACAAGAAAAAGGUUGUCAAAUUAAUAAUCAGUCUGUGAAGCCCAAUAUCUUUAUUCCGUAACUAAAUGUAUGUACUUCCAGAAUUUUCUUGAUUGUUUUCCUCAGUGAUAGAUACUCUAUACAGUGUGCAGAAGAAAGUUGGUAUUUGGUAGGUGUUUAGACAUUAGCUUUUGAGACUCAGUUUGCAUCUUGAAACUUUCACAAUCCCAUUAUUAGAAAAAGUGCUCAUUUAUAUACAGUCCUAACUUUGUUGUUGAUAAAUAAAAUAGGUGUUAAUUAGCUUCCAGUGAAAAUAGGAAGAAAGCCUGUUUUCAUUUGAUUCCAGUAUUUCUUCCAAAGAAUUCUGUAUGUACAUAUACCAGUUCUCUUUGGUAGCUUAGAUUUAGGUGUGAGUUUUAUGGUGUUGCUUAUAGAACAACUCAGGUAAUUUUCAUUUAUGGUUUUAUAUUUUCUGUACAAACUGCCUGGGUUUUAUUUUUCUUAUCAGCAAGGUGCUUCACUGCCUUCUUCAGGUGUCCCUCAAAAGCUGUUAAGUGGACCGUGCGUUAUGUCUGGUAUCAGUAGUGUAAUUUGCUUGAGUUAAAUGUAGAAACUUUUUCACUAGGAAAAAAGGUUAUUUCUUUUGGCUAUUAAUAGACGUAGCUCUGUCUUUUUAAUAUCUCUUCAUACCUGUUUUUUCUCUCAGGUUUUAUACCAUUUUAAAUAUAUUUUCUUCUGUUUUAAUUACCUAGAGACAUAGGAAAAUUGUUUUUUUAAUUUUUUUAAUUUAGUUUUUGAGUUAGACUUGUAUCUUCUGAAAUUUUUAAGGUUUGAUGUAUGUCUCUCUUAUCAAUAAUGAAGCUUGACAAAUGAGUGAUUUUGAAGGACUGCCAUUUUUUCAAAGCAAUAUGAACUUGGUGACUUGUCAUAUGCCAUUAGGCGGCGCCAGAGGUCAGAGCUUACCUAUUUUGGAUUGGAUGCUUAUGAACAAGCAUAUUUGGUUGUGGAAAUUUCUGGGAGGAAAAAAAAUAAAGAAUAGACAUUCAUUGAGUCAAAAGAAAUGUGGAAAAUAUUUUUCACCUUUCUGUUUUGCCUGGUUAAUGUUUAAAUUCUAAAUGAAGUAACUUUAAAAAUUCCUUUAUAGGUAAGAUCCAGCAGUUUGGCAAAGCCCACAGGUAUGAUAAACAAGGAAACUGAUUUUGCUGUAAAAUGGACCCUGAACUACUUCCUGUGUUCUUUCCUAAACAUUAGCACGUUUGUGCUUUCCUCUUCUAACUGAUCACUAUUUUUCUGAUAUUACCAAUUUAUCAAAUAUUACCCAGAACUGUAGAACCAAAUGGUUCUCAUUUUAUAUUGCAGAGACCUGAAUGAUGUUUGGUAACUGCAGAAAAAUGUAUGUUACACUCAGGAUCACUGUCACUACUAUUGCCACUGAUGAUUCUUACUAAAAUAUAACUAAAGUUCUCUAUUAAAGAGUAUAAUAUGAUAUUAAUACACAUUAGAUGAUAAGGACAAUUGUUCCAUGAAUGAUUCAAUGAAGCUAUGCAUAUUAGACCUCUUGGCCUGUGAAUUAGCACUGUUUUCUAUAGUUCCUUACUCUUUUGGUCAUUUUAUGAUUUCCACAUUCAUUUUCAACAUGUAAAGUGUUAUUCCUCAGUGGUUUCUCAGAAUUGUAAAUUUUAUUCUUUGAUUUAAAUACUGAAACAUACAAUUAAAACAGUUGCUAAGUAGCAGCUUAAAAAUCCAUUAUCAUGUUGCAUUUAACAUACUUAAGAGCAUGAUCAUAAAGAGCUAUAUAUUUUUUACCCUCUCUUUUUUUUUAACAUUUAGAUUUUAUAAGGGUUUUAUAUCUCAUCUGUCCAUUUUGUUUUCAAAGGAAUGAGGUUUUUUAGGUAGGUGGACAAACAUUUGUAGAAAGUUAGAUUUGAACAUAGGUGAGGUGGGUUGUUCGGGUUGUAAACGAUGGGUUCUAGAAUGUUAUUUGAAGAAUGUCUGUGACUCCAGGUGUGGGUCUUGCUCAGUGCCAGAGAGUCCUGUCUGUGUAGGUCACCAUUAUGUAGUAAUUUUGAUUCUGCAUUUCACAUUAAAUUAUUUGAGUGUAAACAGACCUAAAUUUUAAAAUCUGUAUAUAUGUUAUUUUAAUGUAUUAAGAUUAAUAAAUAUUGCUGAUUUAAAUUUUAUUUAUGCACAUACUUAAUGGAUGGCGAUGUCCGGUAAAGUAAUUGUUAAAUAAUGAUAUGUAACUUUUUAACUUUUUAAAUAAAUAAGAUUUUUAAUGUGUGUCUCCCUCAGGGUUGUUUAAAGUUUUUUUUCUUCCCUCAAAUAUAAAUAGUGGCGACUAUAUGUUUUGUAUCUUCUAGCACCAACUGCUGUAGAGCAGUACUGCAAAUAAUGCUUGAAUAAAAGUGGCUAAGCCAACAAAAUAAAUACUUUUUAUAUUAGUUUUAUAAUCUUUACAUUUGAAAGCUUUCCAAAUUGCACUUGCAUUAAAACAAAACUGUUGCAAUUUUUACUCUAUUUAUUUUGUUUCCCAUGUUUAUGAAAAUACUGCUCAGUUUCAAAAGCAUGGUAAAUAAUAUAUCAGUAUUUAUGUAUUCUGUUCCCAGAACGGCUAUAGAUAAACAAUAUCAGGAAAAGAGCAAAAUUCAAGCUUUAGAAAACAUUCUAAGAUUGUAUGCAUGCAAUUUUGACAUAUCUGGAAAUAGGUUUUUGUAUAUUUAUGGUGGGAGGUGGUUGGGAACUUUUAACAAAAUGUGGGAUGUUAAUUUUGUAUAGUCUAUGGGUGUUUACACAUUUUUUAAUGUAAUAAAAUUUGGUAAUUAUGUGCACAUUAAAUAAAAUAGUUACUUCCUGUUAUGAUUUAUGAAUUAUUUUCCAAGACUCUGGAUUUUUUUUAAGUAACUUUAUAUCAGAAAUGAUACUGCAUCUUUAUAUUUUUUUAAUUGUAUUGCUGCUCAAGAAUGGUACCCUGAUGUCAAAAAGGUAUUCAUUAAUUGUACAUUCAGCACUGUAAAUAACCUUAUGAAAUCUUUUUUGAUUGAAGCUAAUCAAAAUAAAAAUUUAAAGGAAUGAAAUAACA